AUGCAGUUAAAAUUUCAUUUAGAUCUGGUAUUCAGUCUCUGUCCAGUUGAGAUUAAUUUCAAGAGCAGUAUAGAGCAGAGUUUGAAGUGUACCGUUUGUCAUUCCACAGUAAAUAAAUAUGAAGAAGUCUUAGAUCUCUCUCUUCACUUUACAACUGGUAGUCGCAAUAGUCUACAAGAAUUAUUAGAAGAUUAUUUCAAGAGUGAAACUGUUGAGUACAAGUGUCACAGUUGUUCUAACUCAUCUUGUACUCUAUCAAGAAAGCUAUCAGCCUUACCAAGAGUACUUAUACUUACUCUUAAGAGGUACUCUCUUAACGAUCGCGGCAGUUGCGACAAGAAUCUUGAUCCUGUUCGAAUCCCACGCCAUUUAAAUCUAGCACCCGUUUCUAAUCCUGACCCAAUACUCUCCUCUCCUUAUAAUAAUAAACAAGAUGUUCUUGGGCAAUUGAUGGGUAAGAAACUAGAGACUGUAAUAGCAGAGAAAGAAAUCUCUCCUCAAGAGAAAAGACAUGCAUUACCAUACAGACUUACUAGUAUCAUUAGUCAUUUUGGAAAUAAAUCCUCCAGUGGUAAAAAACGAUCUAUUAUAGUAUAG